AUGGGGAACGGAACCGAGGAGGAUUAUAACUUUGUCUUUAAGGUGGUGCUCAUCGGCGAGUCCGGCGUGGGGAAGACCAACCUGCUGUCCCGCUUCACUCGCAACGAGUUCAGCCACGACAGCCGCACCACCAUCGGGGUGGAGUUCUCCACCCGCACGGUCAUGCUGGGCACCGCGGCUGUCAAGGCUCAGAUCUGGGACACGGCCGGCCUGGAGCGGUACAGAGCCAUCACCUCUGCGUACUACCGUGGUGCGGUGGGGGCCCUGCUGGUGUUUGACCUCACCAAGCACCACACCUACGCUGUGGUGGAGCGCUGGCUGAAGGAGCUCUACGACCACGCGGAGGCCACCAUCGUCGUCAUGCUCGUGGGCAACAAGAGUGACCUCACCCAGGCCCGCGAGGUGCCAAGUGACGAGGCCCGCAUGUUCGCCGAAAACAAUGGGCUGCUAUUCCUGGAGACCUCAGCCUUGGAUUCCACCAACGUGGAGCUGGCCUUUGAAACUGUCCUGAAAGAGAUUUUCGCAAAAGUGUCCAAGCAGAGGCAGAACAGCACCCGGACCAAUGCCAUCACCCUGGGCAGUGCCCAGGCCGGGCAGGAGCCUGGCCCCGGUGGGAAGAGGGCCUGUUGCAUCAGCCUCUGA